AUGUAUAAAGGAGUUCUUGAUCAGGAUGGAACUAUUGUUGCCGUAAAGGUACUUAACCUUUUGCGUCCAGGGGCUUCCAGAAGUUUUCUUGCAGAGUGUGAGGCCUUGAGAAACAUUAGGCAUCGGAAUCUUGUGAAGGUGGUCACUGCAUGUUCAGGUGUUGAUUACAAAGGGAAUGAUUUCAAGGCACUAGUUUUUGAGUACAUGGUCAAUGGGAACGUACAGGAGUGGUUGCAUCCAAUUCAAGGGGAAGAUGAGGUGAAUGAGGAGACAAGAAAUUUAGGUCUUCUUCAGAGGUUAAAUAUUGCCAUAGAUAUUGCUUGUGCUUUGGAUUAUCUUCACAAUCAUUGGCAUACUCGCAUAAUUCACUGCGAUUUGAAGCCAAACAACAUUCUUCUAAACAAUGAGAUGACUGCACAUGUUGGUGACUUUGGUUUAGUACGAUUUCUUCUUAAUGCUAGCUGUAGCACCUUUGCACAUCAAACUAGUCGUUCUAUUGGACUAAGAGGAUCCAUUGUUUAUGCUGCGCUAGAGUACGGCAUGGGAAGUGAACCGUCGAUACAUGGGGAUGUGUAUAGUUAUGACAUCAUAUUGUUGAAAAUGUUUACCGGAAAGAGACUCACUGAUGAAAUGUUUAAAAAGAGUUUAAACAUUCAUAAUUAUGUUAAGAUGACUUUGCCAGGAAGAAUAACGAAUGUCGCCAAUCCGAGAUUUCUUCAGUAUCGAGAAGAGGGAGAGACAAGCAUAAACCGUCAACAUCGGGAUCAGAGCCACAAAAUCCAGGAGUGCUUGAUUUCAAUAUUUGGAAUUGGCCUCGCAUGUUCACAAGAAAGUCCAAGUGAACCGUUGGACACUAGUGACAUUCUAGCCAAGUUGCUUGUGGUAAGGAACACAUUCAUGGAGACUAAUGGCAUACAUGAACAGAGAUCUAGAAUUGGCAUCCAAUCUUGA